UUUUCUUCUGCUCUUGCCCAUGGUCUUGCCCGUGCCCGUGCUCCUGCUCCUGCUCCUGCUCCUGCUCCUGAACGCCCUCAUGCUCGUGCUCAUGUUCAGCGUCAGACGGUUCCAAGGAAGUGAGCCUCUCUCCUUCCGCGCCCGGAGAGGGUUCAGAUCUCUUAGUCUUAGAAGUCUUAGUCUUGAAGGGCUUAGGAAGCUUGGAAGUCUUGCUCCGUUUACGGGUGUGCUGUUCCCGCUCUUGCUCCUGUUCCCGCUCCAACUGCUCCUGAUCCUGCUGCUCAUGCUCCUGCUGUUCAUGCUCAUGCCCCUGCUGCUGCUCCCGCUCCCGCUCCUGCAGUCCAACUCCCCCCCCCAGUCCGAGCAUAACCCUCCCAAACCUCUCCUCCCAAACCCCUUCCAUACCCCUUCUUUCCCUUUCCAGCGCUUCGAUCUCCCUUUUGCGUUUGGUCAGUUCUCGGGCUGUGUGGGUUUGGGCUGUUUUGUGAGCGUGCGAGCUGGCGGGGGGUGGGAGGUCUGAGGGCGCUGGGCCUGCUGACACGGGCACGGGGAGUGCUAGGCCAGACACGCCAGAUAGUGGGGAAAUGCCAGAUAGAGGAGAAAUACCAGAUAAGAGGGAAAGGCCAGACAGAGGUCGGACGAGGGGGAUGAUAUGAGGCAAGCGGGCGCGCAGGGGGGUUGGAGGUGCAGGGCGGGGGACGGGUGAGGGCCGGGGUUUGGGUUUCCCUUUUCCUUGUGCAUGUGCUUGGGCUUGUCCUUGUGUUUUCCCUUGUGCUUGUCCUUGUGCUUGGGGCUGAGCUUGGGGUUGGGCUUGGGGCUGAGGUUGAGCGUGCGUUUGCUGAGCCUGUGCUUUGGGUUUAGGCCCUUUGGACCCAACUAGUGCCUUAAUCGGGGAGAGCUGAAGCGUAUAGGGUUUGUUCAUCGACGAGCUUAACGGUUCUGGUCUUGGCCUCAUUUCCCCAGCACUAUCCUGCGUGUCCAGUUCCAUCCCCAUCCCGUUCGUAUCCCCAUUCUGGGGUUGCUUCGCCUGCAGAGCCAGAGGCAGAGGGAGCGAGAGAGGCAGAGGGAGCGCGAGAGGGAGCGGGAGGGAGAGAGGGAGAGGGAGCGAGAGAGGAAGGUCAAUGACCACUCUAGCAUUCGCAAGCUCUAUCAUCUCCCUCUGCGGCCUCGGGAGCGCUUUGGCCACCCUGGAAACAGCGGCCUUCCUCGCUCUCGCAGCGUCACUCGCCACUCUCGCGCUCUCCGGCGAAAGCCGGUCCGCGACUCCGUGCCCCUGGAGCACAGCAGCGAACUGCGCGUCGAGGGCAGCAGCUUGCGCGUAAGAGCCGGACUGGAUAAGUCGGGUGUGGAGGAGCGUGUGUAGGAUAG